UGAAUAUCACGUUUGAAAAUUUAAAGGGUUUGUCAGUUAUUGGGAGUCAUGAAAUGUGAUUGAUACAUGUAAGAGAAGUGAGAGAAUUUUAUUGAAAUUUUCACAACAUUUCACUAUCUUUAAAGAUUACGUUGACGUUUUUAUAUUUACGCCGACGGAAAUCAUACUGAGUAUAUUGGUUAAUGCAAUUGGUUAAUACUAUUUAUAAUGGCUAGCGGACAUGUAUUUAAGAUACCAUCAACAUUACCAUCAACACAAUCUCAUGACUACAAAGAAGCUAUUCAUGACACAAUUUAUAAAAUGAUGGAACAUGUUGAGAAUAGAGGCUCAAGGUAUCAAUGGAGUUUGGAUGAUUUUGAAGUUGGAUCACCUUUAGGGAGAGGAAAAUUUGGCCGUGUAUAUUUAGCUAGAGAGAAGACUACUCAGUACAUGGUAGCCUUAAAAACGCUAUAUAAAGUUGAAUUAAUAAAAGGACGUGUAGAGAAGCAAGUAAUGCGAGAAAUUGAAAUACAGACACACUUAAAACAUCCACAUAUUCUUCAACUUCUAACAUAUUUCCAUGAUAACAAAAGAAUUUAUCUGGUUUUGGAAUUUGCUGCAAGAGGAGAACUCUAUAAGGAGCUAAAACGUCAACCAAAUGAAAGAUUUAAUGAACACUUAUCUGCUAAAUAUACUUAUCAAGUAGCUGAUGCUUUGGAGUACUGCCAUAGAAACAAUGUGAUUCACAGAGAUAUAAAGCCUGAGAAUUUAUUACUUACAUAUGAUGGAGAUAUAAAGCUUGCAGACUUUGGCUGGUCCGUGCAUGCACCAUCUUCAAAACGAAACACAUUAUGUGGGACACUAGACUAUUUGCCACCAGAAAUGCUAACUGGACAGACGUAUGAUGUUUAUGUUGAUCAUUGGUGUCUGGGUAUUCUCUGUUACGAGUUUCUUACGGGACAACCACCUUUCUUGAGUUCUUCUCAACAAGAAACAUAUGCAAAAAUAAAAACAAUAAGUAUGCAGUGGCCAGAACAGAUUACAUUCGGUGCUAAAGAUCUUAUCUCCAAGCUAAUCAAGAAAAAGAGUUCAGAACGAAUCUCUUUGGCCGCCGUUAAGAAACAUUUCUGGAUCUUGCAGCAUAAAGAUUCACCUUGAUGAAACAGAUUAGAUUAAAAAGAUAUUUUAUAGUUAAAGGACUAUAGGAAGUUAAGAAUUUUAAUAUUAAAGGACAUCUUAUAAUUUGUAAGACAUUUUUCUGUAAUUAUUUUAAUACAAUUUUAUGAUAAAUAAUGUAUAAAAAUAUUAAAUACAUUUAUCAUGGCCAAUUGA